AUGUCUCUACCGGAUAAUUAUCCUUUUUUAACACGAAAGGAAUUUGACAUUGCCGCUAAAUUAUUUAUUGAACAAUCGAAGAGAUCAAAUGAUGAACCUUGGAGCUGGGUUGAACAUGAGAAAGUAAAAGGUUUCGGUUACAUUUGUCGAAAAUCAUUGGUUAAACGAGUGACUCCAGUGAAUUUCGUUAUCCCAGCAGAUGAAUUCACACAACUUGAUGAUGAAAUAUUAGAAGAAGAAGAUUUAAACUCUCUACCCACUGUACCAGCAUCGGAUGAAUAUUUUACUGUUGAUUAUCAUAUCAUAUAUUCAACUUCCUAUAAAGUUCCUGUACUUUAUUUUAAUGCCUACAAUAGUGAUGGGACAUUAUUGACAAAUGAUGAGAUUUAUUCAAAUUUAGUACAUCCUUUAAAACAAAAUGAUAUAAAAAAUGCAGGAUUUAAUGGUGCAAUAUCACAACAGGAUCACCCGACUCUUUUACUUCCAUUUUAUUAUCUCCAUCCCUGUGAAACUGCUACUUUAAUGGCAUCAAUAGUAAGUGACUCAAAAGUGGACAAUAAUAAACCACAAGUAUUACCUCUAGAAGGAUAUAUUAGAAGUUGGUUAAGUUUGGUUGGCUCUGUUGUUGGAGUUAAGGUUGUUAUAGAUUAUUUUAUUUAA